AUGUCAGGACCUACGCAGGUGCUUCCAUCCUGGCUCACACUAUCUACAACGGUCAUCACGCAGCCGGACGGAAGCGUUUCCACCUCAUCCGCCACUCUACAGCUACCGCUGACAUACUAUGGACCAAGCAUACCUCUCGGCACUGACGGGUCUUGGACAUGGGGUGGGUUGACGCCGCCAUCAUCUGCCACGACAGCACCGCCUACUGCCUCCUCGUUCUCAUCGUCUUCAACCGCUCUGUUGACUUCCUCUGUACCAGCCACGUCAUUGGCCUUAUCUACAUCUUCGUAUACCUCCACUCCCCUGACGUCAGCAUCUUCUCCUUCCUCUUCCUCUUCAAGCGUUUCGCCUUCGGCAUCCUCCGUGACUACAUCUCACUCGACCCAUCUGUCUCGCUCAGCUAUUGUGGGUGCUGCAGUCGGGGGUGCCUUGGGUUUUAUUCUUUUACUCAUUGUGGUCUUCACUUUCUGGUGCUUGCACCGGCGCCGUGUUCGAUCUGCUGCCGACCCCUCGACGCAAGGCAGUUCAAGUUUCUGGAAUCGGCAAACGACACUACUUUCGCGGGUAGGCUCUCGGCGACAAACACCAAUAUGGACCGGGUGGGAGGUUUUAGAUCCCGAUCCUGACGAGGCAGUCAACGACGAAGCCGCGAGGUCUCCCGGAGAGGGCUCCCCUCGGGGCAGUGGGGAGGAGGACGACCCGUUCCUUACCCGUCGAAGUGUCGCAAGCGGGCCUGACGAGAUGACCCAGGCAAAGACUGGCACAGUCGCGCUCGUGAGCUUGCCCGCUGCUGCUGCCGUACCCGGCGGAGCAAGCCCCACGCGCUCGGAACCCCGGGCGGGCGGUCCGAUCCUGUCUCGAGAGGCCUUACUGAGGAUGGACAAAGAAGAUGCACUACCUGAGGUGCGUGUCAUUGAGGCCAGUCCUCACGCUACGCCCUUGAUGCCGCCGCCUCCGCUCGGAAGGGGACUGAGAUCAGCCCACAACCCGUCCAUUCGCUCGAUAGCUUCGAACGUGACCGCCGGAUCGGCGCAAAACCGGUCUGUGGCCUCUGAGCCGUCUAUGGGCAGCUUCUCGGACCCACAGGAACAUGAGUCCGCUGAACUGCUUACAGCACGCCGAGUCAACGUGGGUGAUCUGCGUCAGGCGCGGUCGACGGAACUGCCGCGCCUCGGCUCCGAAGAGGCGGGUUCCAGCGCCUUGGACAGGCUAACGAACAUUGGGCGGUUGAGCUGGUUCAGGCGGAUGUCGUUCCUUGGGGCUGGUGCUGUAGCUGCACACGGUCCGCGAAGCCCUAGUACUCCCCCUGAUACGUACACACGCACCCCUCCCCGUUCUCACUCUCGCUCUCACUCGCGUCCAGUCUCAUGGGCUCCGCUUCCAACUCAUGACCCCACCGGCGCCGAGUUGAGUUUGGGGAGGGCGAGGCACGACUCACCCAGUCUGGGCCAUAGUAUUGAGACGGAUGAACGUCCUAUCUCGACACUCAGCACGAAGAGCGGGAACACGCUGUAUCUCGACGCACGAUCCACGCUUGGUAGCUCGGAAGUGGAUCUGGCGUCAGUGGGUACCGGUUCGGCGAAUGCGCCUCCCCCUGUGCCUCCGAUUCCACCUGUAUCCGAGCAACGCCAGCCGUCAUCACCACUUGCUCGUGAGAUCCGUCGGUCGGACAACAGUGGAGCGUAUCCGGGCAAGCCUCCCUCGUACGAUGUCAUUGCUCUGUCCUCUGGCUCACCUCCGGAACCCGUUGAUAUCCUCGACAUACCCGCUCCGCCUCCUGCGGAGCCAUUCGCUGCUGCUCGUCAUGACUUCCCUCCAGGCUUAGUUCCGCUACCGAGCCCUCGCGUAUGGCGUGACUCCCAGCCGAGUUCACCAACGAGUGGAAGCAGCGCUGGAAUCCAGAUUGAUGUCCUGGAGGAGGAACCGCCAUCUGCGCGGGCCGGUUGGCGGUCCUUGCAAGGAAGCGGGGAAGAGAAUAGGAGGACGACGUUUGGCAUUCCCGUAGUCGUACAUGCUCGGGAUGCGCAGAAUUCUGAGCAAGGCUCGCUCUAUUCAAUGCGUUCGCAUCUGAGCCCUCGUUCACGGCUCAGCCCGUCUGGCUCCGCGCCCGCGUCUUCUCUACACACUGUCUCCCACUCUGGCUCCGGAUCCUCCUCAAGGCCAACGUUCCACUCACAGGGUCGCGCCGCUGGUAGCGGCGUCUCCCUAUCCCACUCUAACUCCGUAUCCUCAGACGAACGCCGGCCGCAUCGGCGCGCUGCCGCGGGCGAGGUCGGUUCACCGCCGCUGUCGGCUGUCUGGCCAGGCAGAAAUUACGUCGCACAGAACCACCCUCCGAUUCUCCCACAGGGCCCCACGCCGCCCCCUCUCGCGUACCCGUCGCCGCUGUUCGGGAGGCCGGCGGUCUCGGACACGGUAACGUCAUCAGGGACGAGCCGAACGACGCGCACGGAGGACACGAACACGUCGAGCGUGACCACCGCGAUGACAGACCCGAUCACGGGUGCGGUCAUCCACUCCGUGCGGUUGCCGUGGCGCGGUGGGGACAGCGCGUGGCGCGAUAGUGCUCACGAAGAUGACCCGGGGUGGUAG